UGCUUUUUCUUCAGGAGUGUUCGGUUCUCUUUUCCAAACGGUCAACAAGCCCGUCCCUCUCCUCCCCGUGACCCGUCGCUCGCCUCCGGCCUCCCCAACCCCAAAGUUCAGUUCCCUGCCGCAGAUCAAAACCCUAGCAAACCCCUCCUCCCACGCGGCUCGGUCGGCCAUGGCUUCCCCCGCGCUCGGAUCUCAGGUGGCCGCCGCUGCCUCGGUGCCCGUCGGUUCGGAUUGUUGCUUCAAGGGCACCGCGCUCAAGGGUAACAGUAAUCUAAACUUCCGGAACAAGCCAUGCAUUGGGAUGGCACUAGCAUGGAAAAACAAGACCCAACAAUCGCGACAUCUGAACAAGGUCUUCUGCAUGUCUGUUCAACAAGCAAGCAGAAGCAAAGUUGCUGUUAAACCCAUUGAGCUGGAGAAUGCAAAGGAGCCACCACUUAACUUAUACAAACCAAAGGAACCUUACACGGCCACAAUUGUCUCUGUUGAGAGGAUUGUAGGACCCAAAGCUCCUGGUGAGACAUGCCACAUUGUCAUUGAUCAUGGUGGCAAUGUUCCGUACUGGGAAGGACAGAGUUAUGGUGUCAUUCCUCCUGGAGAGAAUCCAAAAAAACCUGGAUCUCCAAAUACUGUUAGGCUCUAUUCAAUUGCUUCUACAAGGUAUGGUGAUUCUUUUGAUGGAAAGACAACAAGCUUAUGUGUUCGUCGUGCUGUUUAUUAUGAUCCUGAAACUGGAGAGGAAGACCCCUCAAAGAAAGGUAUCUGCAGUAACUUCCUGUGUGACUCAAAACCAGGGGACAAAGUUCAGAUCACAGGCCCCUCAGGCAAAAUAAUGCUUCUUCCCGAAGAUGAUCCAAAAGCGACUCAUAUCAUGAUUGCCACGGGGACUGGUGUUGCUCCUUACCGUGGCUACUUACGUCGUAUGUUCAUGGAAGAUGUCCCAACUUUCAAAUUUGGUGGUCUGGCUUGGCUCUUCCUUGGUGUGGCUAACUCUGACAGCCUUCUCUAUGAUGAAGAGUUCACAAACUACCUUCAGCAGUAUCCAUAUAAUUUCAGGUAUGACAAAGCACUAAGCAGGGAGCAGAAGAACAAGAACGGCGGCAAGAUGUACGUGCAGGACAAGAUUGAGGAGUACAGCGAUGAAAUCUUCAAGCUGCUAGAUGGCGGUGCGCACAUCUACUUCUGCGGUUUGAAGGGGAUGAUGCCUGGGAUCCAGGACACGCUCAAGAGGGUGGCUGAGCAAAGAGGCGAGAGUUGGGACCAGAAGCUGUCACAGCUGAAAAAGAACAAGCAGUGGCACGUGGAGGUUUACUAGUAGGUUAUGAAACGCCAAAGGAUUGUGAUUGUUUCGGCGAGUGAGGUGAGAAACUGGACAUAUGAUUGAACGAUUGUUGUGGUGAUGUAACAUUGUCGACUUUAUUCAUAAGCUUCUGCUCCAAAUUGUGAAUAAAAUGAAGCAGACGGUUUUUAUAAUUGUUACUAUCUAUCGGAGAGCAUUACCGGUA